AUGAAUCCCCGUCCUGGCCCGUCGCUCCACGAAUCUCUGCAAUCUCGUGGUGGCGCCGUGCCUCCUUCAUCUCAGGCGCGGCGGCGACCCUCGCGGCCUCUUAUACAGCCCGACUGCAUCGAUCCCACCCUCGAAGACGAGCGCCCACCCGUCCACAAUGGCGCACCCGACGCCAGCCGCCCACCGCCCAAGGGUCGCCCGCAACUCUUCUACACCACCAACGCGAGCAACGGACUGGCACUUCCCAUCCACGCGUUUCCCCUGCAGCCGGCCGCGAAUCUGCCUGCGCCGCCAAGACCGGGCUCAGUGCAUUUGAGAAAUGCCUCACAACAGCGCCGCAUACAGCCAGGGGGUACCGGCGUCAAGGACUACCCCAAGUCCAAUGUGCAUGAACUUGUCCCAUCGCCGGUCCACGUUGGCCUCGGAAAACCUGCGGAUGUCUUUCCGUGGACGGGCAACAAUCCCGAAGACACGCUAUCGGAGGCGCUGGUCAAGGCUGGCAUCAGCAACAAGCCCCAGAUUAUGAAUGAGACGAAUACGGCCCGCCCUUCGCUGUGGUCGAACCUCAAGAACAAGUCGGGGCUGACGACAUUGUCUACACUGUUCGUGGCUGUGCUGGAAAAGAGACAACAGAGCGGCCGCCUCCAGGUCCCCAACACCUUCAAGCCUCCCCCACGGCUGACGCUGCGCGAUUCUACCCGAGAACAAUGGCUGCACGAUCUAUCGAACCCUGGAACCAGCCUCCGGAGGCUGAGUCGCACGAUUCCUCAUGGGCUCACCGGCAAGGUCCUUCUUGAACAGUGUCUAAACAAGAACAUACCUCUACCGCGAGCAUUAUGGCUUGCCAAGUGCGUGGGCAUCAACGAGCUGCGUGCUCACAAGAGAAAGGGCCAGGCUGGUACUAUUACCUGGGGCAGAGGCUGGACCAGCUCUGUUGAGCAAUUCAUGGAUAGUGUCAUUGGCGCCAUAGGGCAAGGCGACUGGAAGCCCCGAGUUACUUAUGCGCUCCAGCUUGCCACUCACCUCUACAAGGAACAUCUCCUGGAUGACGAUCACUUUCUGGAUUGGAUCAUUCAUGGACUGGACACUUGUCCGUCAGAGCGCUUGUUCAUUUGGCUUCUAAUAAUCCAAAUCUCUCAUUAUUGGACCGACAUAACCUCCUGCCGCCGUCGCGGAAGGCGCCUAGCCGAGUCGCUGCUCAACCAUCUAGACAAGAUCUACCGAUUGGAAGAUUCAGGCCCCCAAUCUGUCGUGCUGCAAUAUCUUGAGAAUACGCUGACCAAGCUUUUGAUUGCCCGACCUGCGUGUUUGCUGCUCCCUACCACCUGGGCCAAACACAGUGCCCAGCUCAGAAGGCUGACUGAAAGACGGACCCAUCCUCAGAUGAAGCAAGCAAUCAAGAGAAUUGAGCAACGAAACAGUCGGCUUCUGCAGUCGGCGAAGACCCGCUCAUCAACCAUGCAAAGUCCUGCCGGCCGUAUAUAUCGCUUACUAGACACUGCAAGUGAUGUUCAUCCUUAUCGAGUGGAAGACCUGUCAUUCGAGUGCAUGGAGAUCAUACCAGAUGCUACACUAUUGAUUGCAACCGUCCUACAGUGGGCUUGCUCGUGUUACAGAGAAGGGGUCCAUCGCACCUAUCUCAUAACUCGGUUACUUCGCAGAUGGAGUCACCAAGGUGCAGAUGUUUAUGAUGGGGUCAUAUCCUACUUGCGAGAUAUGUCUUGGGUGGGAACUGGUGAUCUCAGCAUUAUCUUCCGAAUUAUUGCUGAAUUGGUCCGUUCCAAGACUUUUGCGACCGGCCGUUAUCUUCAAUGGCUCAUCGCCACGGGGUCAUUGGGACAUGACUCAGAUCUUUCUUCUCCUGAUGCGUGGCCUGUCAGACUCAUCACAGAAAUACCACUUACUGGGCUGCCGGAUCAGAUACGCACUUUACGGAGCACACUGUUGCGAGGAACUGCUCACGCCGCAGAAGUGGAACGGGAGACACUUCUACGCGCCGAGCAACAGAUAUCGCACACCUUGCCUGCCAUGUUUGGUCUUUACAAUAUAAAAGUCAAGUCGCCUGAUAUCAAGCUCGACAGCCUCAGCCCUACAAUCAAGCUUGAGUUAGGCAUCUGGCUGCGAGGAAAUGUCGCCAGUUACGCAGAAGUCAACGAACGAGUGCCUACCAAGGACCCUUCUGUUGAAGAGACCGCUGCGGUAUCAUUAAUCAGCCCUCUUGAGUUUCACAUUGUGCGAUCGUACCUCGAGCGUUUCGGCGACCCAGCCAUACUUGCAGAUGUGGUAGGUAUUGCGGCUACGUCGCUCGAUCCUUCUGUCCUUGCAGCAGCAGCAGACACAAUCAAUUACCAUGUCAAAGCCUUCCGAGCUAUGGGUGCAUGUGAUCCUUUGUUUGGCAGGAUCGCCGCACGCUAUGCUGCCUUGAGGACCAUGCGCUUUCCUGAGCGCGAGUUGUUGCUAAGCCUCUCAAACCUGGCCCGAGUCUUGCAUGCGGAUGGCCAACUUUUACAACUAUUGGGUUAUGACCUUAGCCGGCUUGAUCAGAAAAAUUCACUCGCUGCAUGUUCGCCUGCUUCAGACAAUAUGGGCGAGGUCAUGCAGACAAGCUCCUACUCUGAUGACGAGAUAGAAAGAGUACUUUCAAGCGGUACCAGCAUGGAUCAGCAAAUGAUGGCACGGGUUCUUCGCAAGAUUAUCAACAAUCACCAGGAACAGGUGCACAAAGGACAAGCACACUUCGAAAGUUACCCUGCUUGGUUUCAUCGUUUGAGAAGUUUCGAUGAACCGACUUUCGAGAUGGUUACAGGUGAAUGGCUGAGCUCCACUCUGACAGCUCACCAAAUCGACGUCUUACGAGUGGCUUUACCUACACUGGUUGGUUCCGGUUGCGUGGCUUUACAGACCUUCCUAGAUACGCUACAAGCUUCCGUUGCCAGGUUGAAGAAUAGUCCUACGGAAAUAGGCGUUCAGGCUGCCGUUGAGGGACUACGCAUUUUGCUACCUUGCGAUACAUUAGCUGCAUCUUGCCCUCCACAAGACGCCUAUCGCUACCGAUUAGAGCAGCGCAAGCUAGGAGGUCGCACUCAGCGCUGCGUUGGUGAUAUCGUUGGGCUGCUCUCGGCAAACUCGUCACAGACAGUACAAGGGCAGGUCUCGUUACUGCUCAUGAGCGAGCCCAUGUUGGCCCUCAUGAAGCAAUCCGUCGUGGCCGAUCCGGGAAACCUAUCAAACCUGAGUCGCGAAACGAAAGGAUUGUUUGUUACGCCACUAUUGGAUGUCUUGCUGGAUCCAUCUGGCAGCUUCCAAAUCGCCAACGUCAGCCCUGCAGAGAAAGUCCCUAUCGUGUUUGAGAUAGCUAGCGAUCUCUCACUGCCAAUCUGUCAAGCGGUUAUCGAACACAUCUUCUCUUCCCAAUCUGCGCUUUCUGGGGAGACAAUCGAUGCCCUUCCGGCAGCACUGCUGAGUGCAAUCAAAACAGCUGUAGAGGAGGAUCGAUCGGCCGGUCUCGAGCUAUUAGCUAGCCUCGAAGCCAGUCUCACAGACCAGGUACGACAACAUGCUGAACGUGAGAUUCUCAACGCAUCUGCGUUCCUGGCUCAAGGCUCGAGUGUCAAAUCCGAUGAAAUUUAUCAGCAUUCGCCUGCAGUUGUACAGAAAUACCUCACGGUUAUUGAUCUCACGUGCAGUAAAGGUGUCGAGGACACUGAUCAAUCUGCCAUGGUGAUUGCUCUGGCGGAGCGGCUGAAGGGUAUAGCGCAAGUAUUUGGUCAUUGCGAAGCUCUGGUCGCACAAACUGGUCAGAAGAAUGACGCUGUAGUCCUGAGCCUAUAUGCCUGGCUCAACGCCUUACUUCGUCUCGCAAUUGCGCAUUGUCCAGCAAUGUUACGCAACGCCACUCACCAGCAUCAAUCUGUAUUGAUGUCUGCCAUGAAGUCUCUUAUCACGCAUCCAUUUCUGGCGUUAUACCCGUCCGUAACAGAGCACAUUUUUGAUGUGGCAAUUUUCCUGUCUGAUUACAUCUCCGAUGAUGUGCGCCAUCAGGUCGCCCGCCUCGACAACAUCAGACCGACAGACGAUGCACGCUGUUUGUUCAUGUUGGGGGCUACAGCUCCAGUCGAUGGGUGGCUGGUACUCACAAAGCCUCUUGAUCCUUUGACCCAGCCUUCGUCACAGUCUUCGACCCCAGGCCCUAUUCAAAGUCAGCCUCAACCAUAUCAGAGCUCACAAACAUCUGCCGCAGGCCCGGCAAUACCACAACAGCGAUAUCUCAACCAGCAGCGACACCCGCAACAGCAACACUUUCAAAACCAGCAAGCGCAACAGGGCCAACAGGCUCAACAAGCUCAACAGGCUCAACAACAACGUCAAUAUCAACAAUAUCCCCAACACCCGAACAAGAUGUUACCGGCGCAAUUGCAACGAAACCCAUCCUUCCAAAACUCACAAUCGCAACUUCAACAGAUGCAACAGAUGCAGCAGAUGCAAGGGCUUGCACAGCAGCGUGCCACCCAACCUUCCCCUGUCUAUACACAGCGCCCCACGCCAACUUCACAAAACUCACACAGUGGUGCAGCACCAGGAAAAAUACAAAUCAGGCACGAAAAAGAAAUGCGACAAUACCCGUUCGUGCAGCCCCGAUGGGAGAUUCUCGCCGAUAGCUCUGGCAACCCGAACGCCAACGAGACUGCCAUCAGCCUGAGUCUUUUUGGCGCUCGCAAAGUUUGA